CGCGCGCUGCGUCUGCGCUUCACUACAGACCGUUAACGUUACAACAAUUGCUAAGUUAUUUGUUGAAUUUUUUAAAUUAAAUUCAAACGUCCGAAUUACCUUUAUUUCGUCAUGUCAGUUAUAAAGAAAGGUGAUUUAACCGACACUGAAAAGGAACUGCUGGUGGUUAUCGCUGCAGGAAAUGUACAGGAAGCCUCAAGACUGCUCGGCUCAAAAGAUGUCAGAGUCAAUUGCCUGGAUGAGUAUGGAAUGACUCCUCUAAUGCAUGCUGCGUACAAGGGCAAGGCCGAUAUGUGUAAACUCCUACUUCAACAUGGAGCCGACGUCAACUGCAACGAGCAUGAGCAUGGCUACACUGCUCUUAUGUUCGCAGGACUCUCGGGAAAGACUGAUAUCACCUGGAUGAUGUUAGAUGCUGGAGCAGAGACCGAUGUGGUGAACUCAGUAGGCAGAACAGCAGCACAAAUGGCUGCUUUUGUAGGGCAGCAUGACUGUGUAACUGUAAUCAAUACCUUCUUCUCUCGGAAGAGACUUGACUACUACACAAAACCCCAGGGCUUAGAGAAAGAGCCAAAACUGCCUCCUAAACUGGCUGGACCUUUGCACAAAAUUAUCAUGAGCACAAAUCUUAAUCCUGUCAAGAUGGUGAUGCUGGUGAUGGAAAAUCCUCUACUUGUGGACUCGGAGGCUCUCGAAAAGUGUCGUAAAGUGAUGGAGCUGAUCUGCGAAAAGUGUGUAAAGCAGCAGGACAUGAACGAGGUGCUGGCCAUGAAGAUGCACUACAUCAGUUGUGUCCUGCAGAAGUGUAGCUCUUUUCUCAAAGACUCACAGGAUAAACUGGAAAGCCUCAUUAAGAGUCUGCUGAAGGGAAGAGAAAGUGAUGGCUUCCCCGUGUUCCAGGAAAAAUUUAUUCGGGAAUGUAUCCGGAAAUUUCCUUACUGUGACGCUACACUACUCCAGCAACUUGUCAGAAGUAUAGCUCCUGUGGAAAUAGGCAAUAACCCCACAGCCUUGUCUGUGCUUACCCAAGCCAUCACAGGGCAGGUGGGCUUUAUGGAUGCUGAGUUCUGCACCACCUGUGGGGAAAAAGGAGCAGAGAAGAGAUGCUCCAUCUGCAAAAUGGUUAUCUACUGUAAUCAGGAUUGCCAGAAGCUGCACUGGUUCACGCACAAGAAAGUCUGCAAGAAACUCCAGGAGCAGAGGCAGAAGCACGAGGCUGAAUCAGCCAAGCGACUAGAAAAACAGGCCAAAGAAUCUGAGGAGAAGAAAGCGCUGGAAGAGACGAGCAGCGGCAUGGAAAAUCUUUCUGUUGAGCAGAGUGAAGUUACAAGCACAUCAGAUGUUCAAAUAGAAAGCGAGAGCACCAACCCCAUUCAGAUAACUUCAGACUGAGUCAUGCGGGUUAAACAGAGACGACAUUAGCCCAAGUCAUUUCCCAUAAUCGCUGUCAAGCCCUGCCUCAGCCAGAACGCUCUGAUAUCCGUCAUUCAAAAGCUGGGGACCUUAUGAAGGUUUCUGUCAGAGGAGGGGUUGUUUUUUUUUUUUUAAAGAAAGAGGUCUGAUGGAAAAGCUACCAAAGCUUUCACCACAUGCACAGGCUUUCUGUCAACAUGUGACACGUUUUACUGUACUGUUUCUUCUUUUAUAGCUAACGUUAUGUAUGUGUUCAUGUGUAUCAAAAUUAGAUUUAGUAUGGAGAGUAUAUAUUUGACACUAGGCCUUAACUUAAACCAUAUGUUGCUAUAUGAUCUUAAAGGAUAAAGAUGUUGAAGUCUAUGUAAGUCUGUAGUAGUGACUGGGGAUAAAAAACAUUAAACCUCAGCCUACAGCAUACUUAAGAACACGUCACUCUAAGUAAUAAUUUUUUACAGGUUGAUCAGAUUCAAAUCGGUGUGCCACAUUUGCACAUCUGCUUUUUUAGGAGCCUCAUAAGAAAUUUUGUACAUUGAAGUGUUAGAAAUUAAUGCACAGACUUAUCCUCUCUAUCUAAGGAAACACAUUGACCUGAAUGAUAACAGAAACAAGGCUGUGUGUAUUUAAGAUGGUCAGUGUAUUAUCCGAAUUCCACUGUAAGGAUUUUGGCUGCAGUUGAACUCUGCUCCUCCAGGGGGUGCUGCUGAGCUCUUCUCAUGCUGCUCCAGUCCAGAGUAGAGAACUGCAUGAAGGAUCUCUGCGCGGCCCUGCGCUCACACAAGUCGUCGAUCACAUCAAACGGGCAUCUGAAAUCGACAGACAAUACAAAAAUCUGGUAAUGGAAGUCAGAUAAUGGAAAAAAAAAAUUUAAGCCCUUGCUUCAUCUGUAUAUAAAGAGAUGCAGCAGUGCUUUAGCCCAUUGGUUUGUUUGGUUAUAUCACCCUUUUCGGUGCACUCUGCUCAAAGAGUUCGGGUUUGCAUUUGGCAUUGUUUACAUCAUAUUUAUGCUACCUCCUCUGGGUUUCCCCAAUAUAUGUCCUUUACAUUCACUUGUAUACAGUGGAUGAAAAAAAAAAAUCUUGUGUUUCUCUUGUUAGGAACCAACAGCGAAACCUGACUGCUGUCCCUUAUGGCACGAUUUGUUGAAUUUCUCAUUAUUGUAUGUGUUCGUACCGUUCCCUUGUAAUAGCAGGGUGGUUCCUCUACAGGGAACAAUGGUAACAAAAAUAAUUACA